AGACAAGUAGUUGGGGAUCCAUUUCUACUCGACCACCCAUAGCCUCAGAAUAUUUGUUGGCAAUUGCUAACCAUUCAUUGGUGGAUCAACUUGUCUGUUGCGCACCCUUGCUGCUUAUGAUCCCGAAUAAUAGAUUAAAUAGGAUGGUGGUACUGAUACUUUAUUGCUCCCCUGCAAGUUCCUCUUAUGUAUUGGGUAACCCUUAUAUUUUUGUUAUAUUUUCUUAUGGCAGGAGAAGGCCAAAAGUAAACCACUCAUUUCCCGGUACUUAUACAAGUUCCAAAACGUCCCUCUGUUUCGGUUGGUUUUGCAGCAAGAUAGUAAUUGAAGACCGAACAUUGUACAAGGUCUUUUCUGUGCGCUUAACACCACCCAUGAUUAUACCUGCUGAUAUAUCAGACUGUAAAGAGACUGCUCUUAACGUUUCCUCAAGAGAAGGGAGAGUCUACGAGUCGGUUCAAGGAAUUUCGAGGAAUCUUUUUCAGGGAUAUUUGGAAGAAGGCUUGUUGGAGCCUUUUCUCGACAGUAACCCUCAAGCGUACUUCGUUACUCAAGUAGGAAAACCUCGAAUAGAGUAUAAAUACAGCUUUGAUAUUCCCGGUGUACACGCUGUCAAGAUGCCAGCCAGCGCUCACAACGUUAGGUCAGUCGUCGUUGGUGAUGUCGAAGGUGGUGGUGGUGCAGGCGGUAUUGCCUUUGGCGGCGUUGCUGUGAAAUCUGAAAGGAGUUGACUGUGCUGGUUGGUGAAAGUGGCGAAGGUGGUAGCUCGCAAGCCAGAGGGGAAGAUAGAAUAGGCUCAACUUUCCUCUCUCUGUUUGGUGGUGGUGGUGGCGGCAGGUUUCUACGGAUACGAUAGAUCAAAGGGUUCAGUCGGUUCUGGCAUGAGUUCGUCAUUACAGUUUCCAACUUUGUUCUAAGAUACAAUUAGUAAACUCGUCCUCGACGAUUUUAUUCAUACUCUAUCGUGAAUGAAGGCCAUAUAGAAUAUUUGGUUUAUUCUUACAAAUUUAAGACUGACGACUGUUGGUUUCGCACAACGAACCAGAGUUGGAAACUGGAACAACUUUCAAAAUAAGUACAGAACACUUGUUACAAAUUAUAGAACUGAAGUGACGUAAGCGAGUAUCAUGGCGUCCUGUUACAACAUAGCAAGACAUUUUUACAUAAGCUGAAUUAUCAAUAAAGGUUCUCUGAGGUUUUUCGUGGUUGUCCUUGUGACGUCAGACAAUAGAAACAACUCUGUCUUUCUCUAACCAGGGAACUGCUUCUUAAAUGAGCUAUUCCUCAAGUACUGUUGGUUCAAUACUCGAGGAAACUGUCUCCAUAAUGCCACUUGAGCGAAGGAGCGAGAUUAAAAAAAAUGCACCUCUA